UACGUUUUAUUCCCUACCACCUUACAGACACACUUUGCUGCUGAACACCUGUUGAGAGGAAAAACAAAUAUUUUGGCACAAAAUCAUUUGAUAAAAAAUGGUCUGAUUAGACACCUUUACGGUCUUGGAGUGAACAGAGACAGCCGUUAUAGAUGGCCAGUGGAGGAAGAACAGGGAGAAAUGAUGGCGACACCGUUGAAAAUUUGGCGGAGAUGUUUAGAUGCUUCAUUUGUAUGGAAAAAUUGAGAGAUGCCAGACUGUGUCCACACUGUUCAAAACUCUGUUGUUUUUCUUGUAUCAGGAGAUGGCUUACAGAACAAAGAUCACAGUGUCCACAUUGCAGAGCAUCACUCCAUAUCCAUGAGCUGGUAAACUGUAGAUGGGCUGAGGAGGUCACAAAUCAGUUAGAUUCUCUGAAAGAAAGUGCUCCAUCACCCAGCAAAAAAGAAGAACCAGAGAAAGACAAAUGUGACGAACAUCAUGGAGAGAAAUUGAGUGUGUACUGUUGGACCUGUAAACAGAGUAUAUGUCAUCAGUGUGCUCUCUGGGGUGGAACCCAUUCUGGUCACACAUUUAAACCUCUAGAUGGUGUGUAUGAUGAGCAUGUAAAGAAGAUAACAGAUGAAUUGAACCAGUUGAAGAGAAGACAUGUGGAAUUGAUCAGUCUCGUACAGGAUGUGGAAAGAAAUAUUGAAAGUGUAAAGACAGCAAAAGAUGAAAGAGUGAGAGAGAUAAGAAAUGCAGUAGAAUUAAUGAUUGCACGACUAGAAUCACAACUUAAAUCUAAACUACUUACAUUAAUGGGUCAGAGAAGUCACUUAACACAGGAAACAGAAUUACUAGAAUCAUUAAUACAGAAAGUCAAUCAAAAGUUGACAACAUGUGGCAAGAACGAACUGAUCAAUAUUAGCACUGAACUGGUGGAAAUGUUCAAAGAGGUCCAGAGAAAACCUAUGGCUUCAUUUGUUACUGCUGCAGUCCCUGCAGACUUUACCAGUGAGAUAGUACCACCCUAUGACACCAGUACCUUUGUGAUGAAGAACUUCAGUAUAUUACAACAGAGAGCAGACCCGGUCUAUAGUCAGCCAUUGAAUGUAUCAGGACUCAGUUGGAGACUGAAAGUAUAUCCUGAUGGUAAUGGUGUAGUGAGAGGUAAUUAUCUUUCUGUCUUCCUGGAACUGUCUGCUGGAUUAUCAGAAACUUCCAAAUAUGAAUACAGGGUAGAAAUGGUCCAUCAAGCUAGUCGUGAUUCCAGUAAGAAUAUAGUCAGAGAAUUCGCCUCCGAUUUUGAAGUAGGUGAAUGCUGGGGUUACAACCGAUUUUUCCGUCUAGAUCUACUUGCCAGUGAGGGUUACCUUGAUACAGACACUGACACUCUCAUCCUCCGAUUCCAAGUCAGACCACCAACGUUCUAUCAAAAAUGUAGAGAUCAACAUUGGUAUAUAAAUCAGUUAGAGUUUUACCAGAGCCAGUAUAUGACACAGUUAAAUGAUAUGCAGGAGAGAUUAUUAUUGAUUGAGAUGUCAAGGAGGUCCAAAAGGGGAACAUCUGCAGAGUCGCCAUUACCUUUGAUAGAGGCCCAUGGUGGGGAUAAUCCUGCUUUAAAACACCCUAUACUGCACCCCAAACCUCUUCAUCCAGGCACAGGAUCAGAGAUAGAAAUAGAACAUUCAGACAAUGAUGAUGUGACUUCUGAUAAUGAUACCACAGAUUCUAAUGAGGGUUUGAGUGAAGGAGAUAUUGAUGAAUUAGAGAACACUCGAAUGGUACUUGAAGAACAAAUUCUUGCUCCUGCUGAAAAUAAUGAUGAAAAUGAUAUUGAUGAAGAAACAAUGUCUUUGGACAAUGAUGUUGAAAUCAAUAUGAGAUGGGAGGAAAAUGAUUUGGACAGAAUGGGGGGAGCUCAUGGAAUCAGUCAUAAAUCUAUUUCUAACAUUACCGGUGCAGAAAACAAAAAUGAGGAUGAUGAAGCUUUAAUAAGACAGCUGUUUAAAGAAAAGGCAUCUGAUACCAGACCAUGGUCAGCAGCAUUUGGAGAUGGUGCUGGUGACAGAUUUGGACUUAGUCCAGACUGGUUUGAGAAAGUCCAAGCUGCACUUCGUAAGAGGAAAGAGGAUAAAACCAAGACAAAGAAGAAGACAGCUUUAUCAACAGACAAUGUAUUAGAACAUAUUCAUGCUAGAUUCUCUGAACUUGCUGCUUCCACUCUGGCAGCUGCCAAUGCAGCCGUUACUAAUGAAACUGAGGCAAGAGCUUUUGUCAAAAGUGAGAAAAAUGUAGAUAAAAAGUUUAAGAUGCCCUUGCCAGUUCCAGAUUCUUCCUCUGGUCUGACUAGUGAUAGAUCUGAACUGACCAGAGUAACCCAAGACAAACCCUCCAAGGGCUCCUCGUGUGAAGACAGACUCCCUGUGGUUAAGAGGAUAACAGCAACAAUGAAUAGACUCUCUCUAGAAAAUACUGCUAAAAAGGAGGAGAAAAAAGCACCGGUUAAAUUAUCAGAUGAUAAGACUGAAGCAGACAUAUCAUUGGAGCAGCAUUCCUUAUCCAGUACGUUAGACUUGGAAGAGGUUUCAUUGUCAGAUUCUUCCUUCGAAGUCAUGCAAGAUCAUCUACCAUCUCAACCAUUCCAUAGCUGUGUGUCACUCGCUGUUAGUAAAACUAGUCAAAGUACAGAAGACUUGAAUGGAAACAAGAAGAAGAAAGAAGCAAGUGAUAAAACAUCUUCUGGUGCAACUAAAGAAAUAGGUCUACCAUGGUCAUACAGUUUUCUAUCAAAGACAUCUAACCCAGAUAAAGAUAAAAAAGAAGUAACUACAUCCUCAUCUUCCACAAUGCCACUGACUUCUUCAUCAUCCACCGUAACAUCUUCAUCCUCAUCUAAAUCUACGUCUAAUUCAGAGAACAGGUCUGAUUCGGCAGAGGAAAAUAGUGCCAAUAGUAAAUCUGACAGUGGCAAUACUGAUUCUAAACCUGACAGCGGUGAUGAUUCAGCUUUAGUGUGAUGUUAGAUAUAUACCAGAGGAAUUAUGGACAGUUUUUCUCUGUUGCUGAUGUAUUAUGCAUAUUGUGAUAUAGUAUGGAUAUUUUCUGUGUUUAGCUUUGGACAAAAUUUGUAUAAAAAUAUUAAUAGAUGUUACUGUGGAUUCAUUUAAAUUCAUGGAUACAUACUUUUGUGGAUUGAGGAAAACAUGCCUUUUCGUGGAUAUUUAUUUUGUGGUUUUGUAAAAAUCUGCAUAAAACCUUAUAGAAAUUUUGUUAUUCUUUGAACUUUUAAAUUCGUGGUCCACCCGUACCCAUGAAAUCCACGAAAAUUGGUAUCCAACAAAUUAUAAUGAAUCUUCAGUAGUACAUGUAUAUGUCAGGUUGAUCAUGAUUAUGGAUUAAAUAAAAAUGUGCUAGUUUGUUUUAGCCAAACUUAUAUUGAAAUUCUAAGCAUGCUAUAAAGGGAAAUAAUUGUCUUUGAAAAUGAAAAAAUAAAUAAUUGGAUAUUUUUUUUCUUUUUCGACAAAAUAUGUUAUCUCUUAGUUAUGGUGAGUGUUAAGAACAGAGAAUAUAAUAAAUUUCAAAACGAAAAAUCAAUAAAUGAAAAUCUGCCAAAAGAAGCUUAAGACAAGAAUGGCAUUUCCAUGGUUCAGUCUGGUUAUUGUCAAUAAAUUAAUUUAUCAUUUGUCUGAUCCAAUCCACGUGUUAACUGCUUGAAAAAUUGUAGUAAAGUCAAAGCAUAGUUUAGAGGUUAAUAACAGGAGACAUAUUUAACAUUUGAAUGUAAAAUACAGUUUUGUAUGAUACUCUCUCCAUUUUUCUCUAUUCUUUACCUAUUUGACUCGUGUUUCUCUAUUCUUUAAAUCUAUCUAAACCUUUAUAUAGUACCAUAUGGGGGGUUAUUUUUCCCGGUGUAAAAAUUUGUGAUUUUCUAUUAAAUAAGGUACAGAAAAUACUUUGGCAGUUAUUAUUUUGGCUGAUUCAAAACUUCUAUCAAUACCUUUGCAUGUGCACAUUUGAAUUGGCGGAAUUUAUUUUGGCGAUUUUGUUCCAUCUGCGAUAAUAAAUGAAAAUUUACACCCCUCGAAAAUAAUCCGAUAUAUGGUAUCCUCUAGUGUCCAUGUGUUGGAACAGAUUGAGACUUUUAAUAUAGGCUUACAAAGCAAUGAAUACCCUGUUGUAUUAUUUUGUUAUUUGAACACAUUGUAUAAUAUCUUGUCAAAAAGCUACUUACUGUGACUCUGACACAGGUAAUCUGCUAACAGUUUCAUUGGUGUUCUAGAGGUUUCUUAAAGUAUCGCAUAUAUAUAUAUUACAAAGCUAAUACUUUUUACGCCCCACCUACGAUCCACCUACGAUAGUAGAGGGGCAUUAUGUUUUCUGGUCUGUGCGUUCGUCCGUCUGUCUGUCCGUCCGUUCGUCUGUCUGUCCCGCUUUAGGUUAAAGUUUUUGGUCAAGGUAGUUUUUGAUGAAGUUGAAGUCCAAUCAACUUGAAACUUAGUACACAUGUUCCUUAUGAUAUGAUCUUUCUAAUUUUUAAACCAAAUUAAACCUUUGACCCCAAUUUCACGGUCCACUGAACAUAGAAAAUGAAAGUGCAUGUUUCAGGUUAAAGUUUUUGGUCAAGGUAGUUUUUGAUGAAGUUGAUGUCCAAUCAACUUGAAACUUAGUACACAUGUACCUUAUGAUAUUAUCUUUCUAAUUUUAAUGCCUUAUUAUAUUUUUUAUCCAAUUUCAUGGUCCAUUGAACAUGGAAAAUGAUAGUGCGAGUGGGGCAUUCAUGUACUUUGGACACAUUCUUGUUUUCAUAUAUUUUGUGGUUUUCUAAUUUUCAGUUUUAUUUUUUUCUCAGGGUUUGAACAAAUGGCUGAAUAGAAUAUACAUUAGUUACCAUAAACUGAUUUUUCAUAUUUGUAUUAUAUAUUCAUUUUACAGAUUUAUAAUGUUUUGACCAAAAAGAAAAAAGAUUUUUUACUUUUGGUUAUCAAAAGUUUAAAAUGAACAAUAUACAUUACUUUUGUUAUCACAUAUUUAUUAUCUAACAUUUAUGCAUACUGUGGAUUCAUUUGUUUAUAUGGGUACCUGUUUUUCCUGGAUUCCAUGCAAAUUUAAAGGAAAUUAGUUAUUUAUUGAAAAAUUUACUUUUUAAUCUUAAUACCAACAAAAUCAGCUAAAACAACAUGUUAAUAAUAAAAAUUAACCCAGUGCUGAAAUUAGAACUUCAGUGAAAUGGUGUUUUAAGUCCAGUGCAUAUUACAUAUAUAUAUAUAAAAUCAAAACAUGUCGAUGCAAUAUAUAUAUGAACCCUGCUAUGUACUAGACAGACAAACUGAGGCAAAGUUUUGACUCCAAACCAACCAGUCUUUGCUUUUUCUGCUAAAUGCAGCAUGCUUCUUGUAAAAACAGCAAAUACCAAUAUUUACAAGUCAUUGGUUUACCUGAAACACUCAAAAUAACUACUUGCUUCCUUUCAGAAAUUUGUUCUUUUUAAGCCUUUGAACACUGUGUUGUGUUUUUUGUAAUGUUUACAAAACCAGAAAAAAAUGUACUAAGCUAGAUUGUCUUUAAGGGGUCAUCCAUAAUUGUCAACCAUUUUCCAAAGUGUAGAAAACGUACACUGGUGGGGGGUGGGGGUUAAAGAAUCAACAAUUUUACCGUAAACUUUUUUUUUUUACUUUAUAAAACAGUCAAAUAUGUUUCAGUUUUUUUUUGAAUGCAAAUUUAUAAUUAAACUAAACUUUGAUAGACAGGAUAUUUAUUUUUAUGAAAAAUGAUUGCUUCUUGUCUUGAAAUCUGAAAAUGGUUAAUGUACACUAUUUGAGGGAGGGUGGGGGGUCUGAAAAAGUGUAUGUUUUGUACACGUUGAAAAAGGUUGACAAUUAUGGAUGACCCCUAAGUAAAAUGAGUUCCAUGUAAGUAAUUUUGUAUUUGUUUUAAAAACAAAAUGUGAUGUUGUGUUACUAGAAACAGAAUGUUAAGCUAAUGUCUUAGUAAACCUGAAGGUACCAUAGAGUACAUUGUACAGAGGUCAGGAGUGUUAAUCAUACAUAAUUUAUAGAAAAUAAAAAUUACAGCUGUUUGUAUUGAGUGUGUAAGUAAAUCUAAUAUCUUUGGAUAGAUUGCUUGCUAGCUGAACCGUGAAGUCAUUAUAAGGUAAGGUAUACUACCCUCCUUAGUAGACUAGUUCGACAGAUAACCAAUAUAUCUGUCUGAAGGACUAGGCUACUUCAUAAGGAGGGUAGUAUACUGUACCUAAUAAUGACUUCACAAUUCAGUUAUCAAGCAAGAUAUCCAAAAGAUAUUACCUUUACCUACACACUCAAUGCAAUCUGCUGUAAGUAAAAUAAUAAGAUGAACAAAAGAAAUGUAUUUAUUAUUGGUGGUGAAGAAAAUAAGAUCAAAUAUAUUUAUUUUUGGUGGUGUUAAACUAUGUGAUAUACAGAUUAUAACAUGAUAUUUUCCAUAUCUUCUCCAGUCUUUCUUGAUCGACCUCAAUCUUUUGAUCUUGACUCUCGGGAUAUAUAGAGUCCAUAAUGGCAGAGGGGUCCAAGUAGAUUAAUUCAGUGAUCACUAGCCUACCACCUAUUGUUAAUUGCAAUCCUGGUAAGGUGUGUACAACUGGUCUUAAUUGACAGGGAUUGCAAGGUUUCUCUCUGAAAUUAGUGGAUUUACUCUAAAAACAAGCUUGGACUUAAAUGAGGUGUGUAACGACUUUUGUGGGGACCUCAGAAGUAAGAUCUUUAUUUUUGCUGGAAUUAAAGAGAGACACUUACAAUUAAUUUUUCUAAGUCCAGGCAAGAAUGCUUUAUUUUAUGAGGAAUUUGGGAUUCAGCACUGAUUAUUUCAGGGAUUUCACGAUGACCUCUCCUCCUACCCUCCCCAUUUUAUAUGGGACUCUAGCUGAUGCUUGGUAGGUAUGGAAAAUGAUAUGUUAUAAUCAACCAUUUUGUGUAGAAUGAGUGCUGUGAAUGAUAAUUUACACAGAUAGUGCAUAAAUUUUAUGUUUUGAAAGUUUGAAUGUAGAUAGCUGCUAUAUGUUUUGGUAAAGUUUUGUAUUGUAUUUUGUCAUACAUUUAGUGCUAUGUUUUAAACAUUGAUCAGUUUAUUGUGUAAUAUUUUUUUUUUCAGAAUAAAAUGUGAUAAAUAUU